UCCUGGUCUUCUUGCAUACAACAAAAUGCACUUCAACAUGAAAUGUUUCUUCUAUUUCCUGACAUUUAUAUUGAAUACAUACAUAGUUUUAGCCGAAGAUAUAAGACUUCUAGUAGCAGCAUGGGACAGAGUAAUGUUAAUGGACGCUAAUGGAACAACCUUAGAAAUUAUUGUAAAAACUGACAAUUACGACAUACAAAGUGUUGCCUUCCACGAAACAAAGAACUACAUAUAUUGGUCAAGUUGGUCUGGUAACAUAACCAGGCUGAAAUAUCCAUCCAUUGAUAAUGACACAGAAGUUAUUUUUCAUCAAGAAGCAGGAUCUUGUUCAUCUAGCAUUGCAGUUGAUUCUAUCAACGAUUAUUUAUACUGGUCAAACUGUAGUGAUUUAGUGAGAUCGAACCUUGACGGAUUAGAUAUAACACCCAUUCUUAAUUUUAGUACAAAUGGUUCUGUAGGAAUCUUAGAAGUAGAUUCGAGAAACGGGUAA